UUAUUUCCAAAGGCGGCAAGGCGGCAGGCGCAGGCCUACAGCAAUGCAGCACAGCAUUCAAAGAUCAUCUUAUUAAGGAUUUAGUCUGCUUACUGUUCUCAAGUAAACUUUUCAACAUCCGAUUAAACUUAUUCCAAAAAGAUAAGUGACUUCAUUCUGAUUCACUUGUGUUUCUAAAACCGUGGCUUGUUGCUUGACAUAAAAAUGUCCGACGCUUCUCCCAUUAUAUUGGUUGAAGAAAUACGUCUCGGUUUGUUUCGAAUUUACUGGGAGUUAGACAACAGCAUGUGGAAAAAAGAAGAUGUCUACCAAGAAGAAUUUGAACUGUGUGGAUCGAAGAAGGGUAGAGAAUUCUACCUCAAUUUUGAACUCCAAGUAGUUGCAAACAAGAAUAGACCUUAUGACUUCAAAAUAACAAUUGAAGAUCUCUUGUGUACUGAUGGUAAUGAUUCUGAAAAGGAAGAAAAAGAAUCAACACACCAAUCUCAACAAGAACAACCACAGUCCAAACGUCAAAAGUUAAAUAAAUCAACAGUGCCAUCCAACAUGCUGCCAGCUAUGUUCCCCACUUACGUAUGGUUAGAUAGCCAUGUCAGUUCCACCAAUGAGCUGCCACUUUUGGAAGAUGAAGAAGGAAUUUGGGAAGUGGCAGUUACCAACCCGAACAUACAACCCUACAUCGCUGUAUGGAUGGAUUUCGGGACCAACGAAGUGAAGGAAAAACACGUCAUUACCGGACUAGCCGAUAUGUUCCACAACCAAAAACAAUGUGAUGUUCAGUUCGAGUUCAACGACGGGCAAUCUGUUGGUGCUCACAUAGUCAUCCUGUCCGCCGGGAGCCCUGUAUUUGCCGCAAUGUUUCAGUCGGAUUUCUUGGAGACCAAAACGCGUAAAGUAACCAUCGUCGACGUCGAAAUUGCUGUCUUUAAACAGUUACUCAUCUUUCUGUACACUGGUAAUGCUCCCAGAUUAGCGGAGGAAAGCAUCACGCGUCUACUCUUCGAGUUGGCUGAUAAAUACGGUGUUGGUGCUUUAAAGGAUGAGUGCGUCGACGUGUUACUUACUCAAUUCAACAUUGAAAACGUUAUUGACAUGCUGGUUUGGGCUCAUUUUCACUCAAUCGAAAAACUUUCUAAGAAAGCCAUGAAGUUCUUGGUGAAAAAUUUUCGCAAGCUCUGCGUCCAGCCCGAAUGGAUGGAACUGAUGAAAAAUCACCCUGAUUUGUGCCUCCGUGCUAACCAACAAAUGGCCGAACUUCUGCCCAAAACUGAAUCGGAAGAUUCCGAGUAACUAUUCUUUUCUUUGAUAAAAUAUGUUGCGUUGAUUUUUUUCUGAGUUUUUGCCGAGUUUGUGUCCGUUGAUAAUACCGUAUGUUUGGCA